UCCGAGACGUACUGUCAGAGACAGAAGAGGAAAGAGACACCCCACUCGCUGUAUUUUUCUGGUUCAAUUAAUGUCAAUGAACUAAGUAGACCCGACCAGGCCCAGCUGCAAUUGCAUUGGAGUCUGAGAGACGCACCCAGUUAAGUAGACCGGAACUGAUUAUUUGUUUCAAUGGUAAACGGCUUGUGUGAACUAUCUUCAUUUAUCCACCAUCUUUGUUACUGUCUGCUGCUCUUCCAUCGGAAAAGAUGGCUGCCUCGGCAGCAUCGGCGGGUUCUACCCCCGGUUUUUGCCCAAGCUACGCCGUGAUAUGCUCUUUUCUAGAGCGGUAUGGAACCUUGCUUGAUUUACCGGAGCUUACAUUUCCACAGUUGGAGCGAUAUCUCCAAGACACAAUCUCAGUUCCAAAGAUCUUGGUGGACCUUCACGUGAAGUUGUUGAGGAAGAUUGGCAAGUCAGUGUCCGCAGACAGAUGGGAGAAGUACCUUGUGAAGGUGUGCCAUGAGUUCAACAGUACUUGGGCAUGGGAGCUUGAAAAUAAAGGAUACAAGGACAUGUCUGUGGAGUGCAAGACUGGAAUCCUCAAACAUUUGUGUGAAUGCCAGUUUGAUGACAAUGUAAAGUUCAAGACAGCAAUCAAUGAGGAGGAUCCCGAUAAGAUGCGGCUUCUCCCCAUUGGCAAGGACAAAGAUGGCCUGAUGUACUGGUUCCAACUUGACCAGGACAAGAAUGUGAGGGUCUAUGUGGAGGAGCAGGACGACCUGGACGGGUCUUCCUGGAACUGCAUUGUCAGAGACAGAAACAGCUUGGCUGAGAUCCUGGCACUGCUAAAGACUCAAAUCGACCCAGCACUGUUGACAAAGAAAGAAGGAGAGGAGGAAGAAAAAAAUAAUACUGGGGGAGAAGUUAAAAAGACAGAGGAUACCUCAGAGGAUGAAGAGGACAAACCCUCCAAGGGUACAGCUUCCUUAGUCUCCCCAAAAACCGAGAUUACAGAAAAAGAGGAAUCAAAACUAGACGAAUCAGAUGCCAAAUCCUCAUUGAAUGGCCUCAAAGACGAGUCAGAGUCAAAAAGCCAGUCAGAGGAGCCUAUGGUGGAUGACAAGGUCACCAUAAACACCCAGGCCAUCAAAGAAGAGCCAAUGGAGGUGUCAGAAUCCAAGGAGAGCACAGCCACAAAUGCUACAGAGCCUCUUGCAGAGAAACCUUGUCUGACGCCACAGACAGAACAGACAGAUGAAGCCAAGAGGAAGACUGCAAAUGAACUCCAAAGGGCGAUGAAGAAUGACCAGCAGGCCAAAAUCCCAUUGAAAAAGAGAGAGAUGAAACUUUGUGAAAAUGUUGAUAAUAAUAGUGGCAGUAGUAUCUUUGUGCGAAACCCAUCUGUUACUCCUGUCAAAGAAUCUCCUGAAGUUGAGGAGACAAGUAAAGAGGUCGCUGAUGCCCCGGUGGGGAUGUGUAAAAGUGAUCAAAUGAAUGGUGAUGCUUGGCCUACAACAGAAAAAAGUGUCAAUAAUGGUUUGAGAGACUCUGCUGAUGGCAAAAAACGGCAAACAAAAGCUGCUGCUGGGGAAGAACGUAAAGCAGCAGAAUCUAGUGCAAAGGAGAAAAUAAACCUGGACAAGGAGAAAGAGGAGAUGGCAAGCAACACUGAGGUGGCCAUGGCCAAUGAAACAAGUCUACAGAAAAUGGUUCCAGCAGAAAAGGAAAGCACUGAAGAUUCAGAGGAAGUAAAAAAAUCGGCCUUAAAAGAGGCUAAAUCUCUGUCCCUUCUAAUGACAAAGCCAUUGACUUCAUCUAAGGAUGCAACAAGCCCACCGGAGAAGCACGCCGAUUGUAAAGAGGAAAAAAAAGUGAAGGUAUCCAAGUGGGAUGUAAAAGUGUGUCGUAAAGAACACACAACCUAUACAUCAAUAGAAACCGAUAAAAACCCUUUGUCUAGUAAGUUACAGAAACCAGAUGAAACUAACGGAACAGAUUCAUCCAUUACCUCUCAAGAGGUCAAGUCAGCUGUCUCUAAGGAAACAGAUAAAACAGUUGUCAAUAAGGACGGUUAUCCCCUUUCUGUCGUGAAAGAUAUGGAAAAACCACCCAGCACAAAAGGUACAGAAAAGUGGUCAAACCCUAAAAACCCAGAAACCUCAGUCCUCACUAAACAAACCGGGAGACCUGACCCAAUUACAGAGAAACCAGACCGCUCUAAAUGCAUAAAGAUGCCAACAGUCAUAAAAAAUACAGAGAAACCACCUGACAAAGAGGGUGUAGAGAAAUGUGAUGUUUCUAAAGAUAUCAAAACUUCUGUAAUUAAAAAGACAGAGAUUUCAGAAAGGGGUAAAGAUGCUGAGAACCUGGCCAUCUCUCAAGAGACCAAUAAGUCCUCAUUCCUUAAAAAGGCAGACAAACCAGUUUCCAAUAAAGAAGCAGAGAAACUGGAGAGCACUGAAGAGACUGAUAAAUCGUUGGUCAUUAAAAUGACAGUGAAACCAGAGGCAUCUAAACAUACAGAGAAAUGUGAUAACCCUAAAGACAUUAAAAUUUCAGCUGUCACCAAGGAGAAACCUGCUGUAGGCACAGAUGCAAAGGCUGCCGCUGAGGUGAAGAAAAAAGCUGUCCUGGAGAAAGACGUUUUCUCAGCGUCUAUCUGUAAAGAUGAAAUGAGAACUGUUGCUAAAGCGACUAAGACACAAUCUGGACCAAAAGACGUGGAGAUGGCAGACGUCUCUGAGAAAACAACCCAAUCACAACUGGAUGAACCCAUAAAGGUAGAGAAAUCGGCUACCCCUAAAGAUGCAGAGAAAUGUGCUACCCCUAAAGACACAGAUAAAUCUACUAAAUUGGUUACCCCUAAGGAAGGUGGGAAAUUGGCUACCCCAAAAGACACAGAGAAAUCAGCAAUGCCUAAAGACACAGUGAAAUAUGCUCAAACGGCAGCGCCUAAAGACGCAGAGAAAUUGGCUAACCCUAAAGAUGCUGAGAAGUCUGCUAAAUCAGCUACACCUACCCCUAAAGAUGCUGAGAAGUCUGCUAAAUCAGCUACACCUACCCCUAAAGAUGCUGAGAAGUCUGCUAAAUCAGCUACACCUACCCCUAAAGAUGCUGAGAAAUCGGCUAAAAACACAGAGACGACCUCUAAAAAGAUAGAACAAUCUUCUAGGGGACAGAAACCAGACACUGAAGAAACUGAGAAACUGGCAGACACAAAGACAGUUGCAGAAAAAGGAGAGAAACUUGUCACCUUUCAGGACGCCAAGCAAUUACCCUCUCUCAAAAAGUCUGUCUCAGUGGAGGGGAAACAGGAGGAGCCUAUGGAAAUGCGUUCGGAAAAGUCAACACACGACAACAUAAAGAUCAAGGGACAUGCUGAAAAAGGCUGGCCAAAAAAGGCUGUUAAAAGUGGAGUGAAGUUUGAGACCAAGCCUAUCAAAGACCCAAAGCCCAUGGACUGUGAUGCACCAUCAGAAAAACAGGCUGUUAGUAAGAAGGCAUCAUCUCUCACAGAGACUGAGGGUGAGACGGACAAAAGCCAGGACAAAGUCAUCAAGGAAGAUUCCACAACACAGGGAUGGCCCCAAAAACAGGAUUGGAGUAAGGAUGAUCAGGCUAAGACAAAUGACAAAAAGGAGGAUGAUGGAACUGAGAAAGAUUCAACGGUAGCAGAGAAAUCGGGUCAGGCAAAAGCAAGUGAGGGGUCUGAGGAAGAUGAGAACAAGAACAAAGAGGAUGAGGACAAGAGUGAAAAAAAGGAUGCGGGAACAACAUCAGAGAUCCAAGAGGAGGGGAUUCGCCUGAAAAUACGCGGGAUUACCCACCGGAGGAGAGCUGAGCUCCAGAGGAAGGAGAGGGACUCUGGGUCAGAUACUGGUGAGACUGGGAGAUCCCUGAGGAGGUCACCCAGGAUCUGCAGGCCGACCGCUAAGGGGGUGGAGUUCCAGGACAGGAGGAUGGAGAAGAAAGAGGCCACACCCCCUGUAGAGAAGGGUGAUGAGGAGGAGAAAACUGUUCAGAGGAAACCGAGAGAGAAGGUUGAUCAAGAUGGACUGUACAAAUCUAAGGGGCGACGGAGGAGAAAGACCCGGUGGUCCAACACUCGAACACAAAGGCGCAAAAAUAAUGGUUCUGGUGAAGACGAUGAAAGCGAGUCGAGCGAAGAGGAGAGCGAGGAGGACAACAGUGAUGAGAGCUUUAAGGUGGAGAGGAGGAAGAGGAACAGGGAGAGGCACAGCGACGACUCUGACACCUCCUCGGAUGAUGACCUCCCUCCUAACGAUGACCCCUGCAAACACUGCGGCCUCCCCAACCAUCCUGAGCUGAUUUUGCUGUGUGACUCGUGCGAUAGCGGCUACCACACGGCCUGCCUCAGACCCCCUCUCAUGAUCAUCCCAGACGGGGAGUGGUUCUGUCCACCCUGCCAACAUAAGCUGCUCUGUGACAAGCUUGAGGAGCAGCUUACUGAUCUCGAUGCUUCCCUGAAAAAGAGGGAGCGCGCUGAGCGACGAAAAGAGCGGUUGGUCUAUGUUGGAAUCAGUGUUGAAAACAUCAUCACUCCCUCGUUGGCGAUAGAGGAAGAAAGGGAGGAAGAGGUGGUGAAAAAGGAGAAGAAAGAGCGAACCAAGAGCUGGGGUCGAAGGUCGACAAGGGCAAAGAAAAGCAUAAGCUACAGGUUUGAUGAAUUUGAUGAGGCUAUUGAGGAGGCAAUUGAAGAAGACAUCAGAGAGGCUGAUGGUGGAGGAGCUGGUCGAGGCAAGGACAUGGCCAACAUCACAGGCCAUAGCAGAGGGAAGGACAUGUCCACUAUCCUGGCAGCAGGAGAGGGUGGCGAGGGAAAGGAGAAUGGGUGCCCGCCGCGGCCCAACGCCGGCCAGCGCAGGAAGAAGCGCCGGCGUCUCAACGACCUGGACAGCGACAGCACUAUGGAGGAGGAAGAGAGCGAGGACGAGUUCCGUCUCAGUGACAGUACGGAGGAAGAGGAGUUUGUGGCGUCGGACAAGAGCGAUGCAGAGAGCGAAGUGGCAGUCGACUCCAAUGACGACAGCGACUUCGGCAGCACACAGCGCAGAACCGCCAGGACAAGGAGGCCGGCCAAACGUCAGAGGAGCACUCAGCCGCGACGGCGCCACAGACCACGAAGGUACUCAGACGAUGAAGAGGAGACUAGUGAGGAAGAAGAGGAAGAAAUAGUGUCGGAGGGCUCCAGCGAGUUCAGCGAUAGUGACCUGGACUGUAGCCGACGCCGAUCCCGCCGGAGUCAGACGACGAAGCAGGUCAACUACUGCGAGUCGUCCGGAGACUCUGACGGCUCUAAGGCCAACACAAACCGCGACAAAGUCAAACCGUGGCGGCGCCUCGCCAGUUCUGAUAGCGAAGCGAGCUCCUCCAGAGGCUCGGACGACAGCGAGAGGGAGAGGACUAGGUUAAAGAGGAGGGCCGACUCAUCCGAGAAAGAGUCCCAGCAGCACCGCAGACGACUUUCACUGAAACGGCGGCGAGCCUCUGAGGAGGACGAUGACGACCACGAUUCCGAUGAAUCAUCGGAGGGAGAACGUCCUGUCCGCAAGCGUGUGAACCGCAUCGACUCGGACGACUCUGACAAGGAGGAGAAGGAGACGAAAGAAACCAGGGAAGAGGAGGAAGGGGGGGUGCUGGGGAAGGGAGCCAGCCCGUUGGACUACAGCCUGGUGGAGCUGCAUCCCCCCACCAACGGACAGAGUCCCAUCAAGGCCCUAGAGGGCCUGGCUCACAUUGGGCCCCAAAAACCUGUGGCCACAGCUGUCGCCAUAGCGCCCAAUGGACUGGAGUUGGCACCACAGGAUGAUGAUGAGGAUGACCUCCUGGGGGUCACAGACCUGGUGGACUUUGUCUGCAACAGUGAUAUGUUGUAAAACUCAAGUUGUACGUUUGUUCUUUUCUGUAGUAUUUUGUUAAUGUUUUUGUCCUGUCCUUAUUAUAAAAAGGUUUUAUUCAUCCUCCUUGUCGUCCCCCCCCCCCCCCCCCCCCCCAUUAGUAUGACGCCAUCCAUCCAUAUGAAAUGGACAUCUUACGGGGGGGGGAGAAAGUUCAUUGUCUUCACACCUUUCGUAGUGUGAUUGUACAGUCAUUGAGAGCACUAACUCCGAAAGUUGUUAAGUGGCACGUUACUUUGCAUUGUCUUAUCCUCUGUACUCAGUCACCGAUGGACAUGUGGCUCAGAUACUUGACCGUAAAUGACACACAAAUCAACCUACCUGUUUCUCCAGCCAACUUCCAGGGUUGUCUACUCAGGGGUCCAUCCACUACCCCCACAUACAAAGAGUCCAUCUCCCAAAUUCUUGGUUGUGUUCAUUAGGCCCCAAACGACAGAAAACAGACAAACCGUGAGGGACUACCUUGCCUUGUCUAUUUUUAAGAAAUGCUCAUUUUCCAUUGUGUGACCUAAUGAACAUGACCCAUGACUUCCUGUUCUCCUGAGAGGCACCUCUCAGUGUUCCUGCCUGGGAAAGAGGACAUUUUAUUGUAUGACAUUAAUUAAUUGUUUGUUGGUAGGAUGUAGAUGUGUAUUGUCGUUCAACAUAUUUAUGAGAAUAGAUGUCAGGGGUCAAACUGCAUUCCAUUUACGACUUAAAUGAACCUAGUUUUGUGGAUCAACUGCUGGAAACCAAUCGUUGUUUUUAUCCCCCUGCUCUUUACCCCAAACUUUAAAUAUGAAUGUCUUUCACUUUUUUGAUAUUUGAAUUCCACAUUUUAAUCCUCCUACAUCGAUCAAACUAUUUAUUCUUUGUUUUGAUGUGUUCAAUUCGUCAGUUGUUUGAUAAGCUAAACCAUUACACAGGUUUCCCACUUUCUUUUAUAGACCAUUUACAACAAGCACUGGAUGAAAAAGCAUGAGCAUAACAGUUUAAGUCAGCAUUCCCAUAGGAAAACAGGACACAGAACCAUCAUCAUCAUGCUAGAAACAACUUUUUUUUUUAACUGACAGACUGACAGACCAGACCCACAACCGAUCCCAUACUUUCUAGAAAAUACAAUCUCCAAAAGAGUGUUUUUCUCAUGGAUUUGGUUAAUUGUUUUUACCCAAAGUAUUGAAAUGUUGUACUGCAGCCUAUAUCCCGUUUUUAUUUUUAUCAAACGUUCCCAUCAAGUGGUAUUUUAACCAUUUUUAAUUAUUGUUACAAAACACUAUCAAGGCAGCUAGCUCCUCAGUGCAUCACGCCAAAUUACAGGUGUCAUUUAAUCAACAUUAAAAUCUGUUAACUACCACCACAUUGACAAGACUUUCCUUUAAAUGGAGGUUUGAGUGUAUUUAAUGUCACCAACUAGAGUAGACCAACCCUGAUCUUCUCACCUCUGUGUGCACAUGUUUCUAAAAACCGAGUUUAGUUUUUGUACGUAUAAAUAUCAUUUUAGUGUGUGCUGCCAACACUAUCAAUGGAUUAAAUGCCCACGUUUUAGUCUUUUUUAUAUGCAAAUAUUCAAAGGGAUUUGUUAUGUACAGAAUUUGCCAACUUUCUCUGUUCCUUUCAAUAACCAUGUCAGCAUUUUAACCAUUAUUUUACGUACGUUGUGUUUUUAUAAUGUAUUUCUUUGUAUAUCAAAUCAUCCACUUAUUGUUUUCCUCCUAGGCAAGCCAAGUGGCAUACUGUUUCCUAUGUACCUUCUUGUCGAUACUGUGUGUAGGUUCAAAACCUUGAAGUAAAGGUACUUACUGAGUAUACACCUAACUACCUGUCGUUGUUCAUCAAGACUAUUAUUUUGAAAUAUUAUUUUUUUAAUAAAAGAAAAAUGUCCCCUGGUCUUUUCGGACCCCUCUGCCACUUCCAGUGUUGAUUGUAGAGAACACUACCCCGCUCUAGUCUUCCCUCUACAUCUUACUGCAUCAACUGGAGACUAAAUAAAUGUCUCAGAUCUCAGAAAGCCUAUCCUUUGUCUGUUCUCAAAUAUGAGCUCAUUUUGGUUUUAGGGUUCCAUUUUGAGGUCAGGUUAAAUCACUGCCUUUCUGGGCCUAUGUUCAAAAAGUUUCUCAGAGUAGGACUGCUGUCCAUAUAUUAUUCAUAAUGACCUAAAAGGCAACUGAUCCUAUAUCAGCACUCCUACUCUAAGACUGUGAAUACAGGCUUUGGCCUUGAAUCAAAAGAAGAUUAUGGAUAAACGGCAUGCUGGAUGGGAAAUUGUCCAGACCAUAAAUUGACCUCUAAUGUUAGUGUGUAUAUCUAGUUUUUGCUGUAAUGUAUAUUUAGAGGCAUUUUCUUUUAUCAUGGAAAUAAAUAUAUUUGGCAAUUA